AUGGGUCUAUGUAUUGGUUCUUUAGGCUCAUCCAUAGCAUGUUGCUUUGGUAAUGCAUUUUGUUCACUUUGUUGUGCUGCAUGUCCAUCAUGCAAAGGUUCAACAUCAACACGUAUUGCUUAUGGUCUUAUUCUUCUUGCUGGUUUAAUAACAUCAUGUAUAAUGUUAAUACCUGGUCUUGAAAAAACUUUAGCAAAAAUUCCAGCAUUAUGUUCUGGUGGUUCAAAAUUAACAAAUAUACCUAUACCAUCAAUGCCAUCAAUACCAUCAAUUGAUUGUUCAAAAAUUGUUGGAUUUUUAGCUGUUUAUCGACUUUCAUUUGGAAUGACAGUAUUCUUUUUUCUUUUAUCAUUAAUUAUGAUUAAGGUUAAAACAUCCAGUGAUUUUCGAGCAAAAAUUCAAAAUGGAUUUUGGGGAUUUAAAUUACUAAUACUUAUUGGUUUAGUCGUUGCUGCUUUUUUUAUUCCAAAUGAUGGUUUUGCUCAAGCAUUUAUGGUUAUUGGAUUGAUUGGAGGAUUUCUGUUUAUUCUUGUUCAAUUACUUUUAUCAAUUGAUUUUGUUCAUUCAUGGAAUGAAUCAUGGAUUGAAAGUGUUGAAUCUGGUUCAAAAAAACAUCUUUAUGGUUUAUGUUUUUUUACUUUAUUAUUUUAUGGAUUAUCAAUAACUGGUAUUGUUCUCUUUUAUAUUUAUUAUGCUCGAGAUCAAAAUGAAUGUCGUUUACAUACAUUCUUUAUAUCAUUUAAUUUAUGUUUAUGUUUUAUCUUAUCGAUUAUAUCAAUAUUACCUAAAGUAAAAGAAUAUAAUCCAUCAUGUGGUUUACUUCAAUCAUCAUUCGUUACUCUUUAUGUUAUGUAUUAUACAUGGUCAGCAAUGAGUAAUAAUCCAAAUCCAAAUUGUAAUCCAAGUAUUCGUUCAAUAAUUCAUCCAACAAAUUCAACAACACCAAGUCCUGGUCCAACAAGACAACAGAAUAUAUUUGAUCCAAUAACUAUAAUUGGUUUAAUUAUGUUUGGUGGUGCACUUUUUUAUUCAGUUUUUACAUCAUCACAUAAUAAUCGUGCAAAUAAAUUAUUUUUAUCAUCAUCAUCAGAUUAUUCAACAAUAUUAGAUGAUACAUCUGCAAAAGAUAGUCGUUUAUCAUUAGAUGAUGAUGAUGAAGAAAAAACUCAUCAACAUGUUUAUGAUGAUGAACGUGGUUCAGUUACAUAUAAUUAUUCUUUAUUUCAUUUUAUGUUUGUACUUGCAACAUUAUAUGCAAUGAUGACAUUAACUAAUUGGUAUCGACCAGCAAAAGAUUUUAGUACAUAUAAUAAUAAUUUAGCAUCACUUUGGGUUAAAAUAGUUUCAAGUUGGAUAUGUGUAGUUUUAUAUGUUUGGACAUGUAUUGCACCGGCUUUAUUUCCUGAUCGAGAUUUUUCAUAA